AUGACUAGUGAAAGGGUUCCAAUAGUAGGCUCAAAAGAUUCAGAAAAUCUGUUACUAGACUCAUGCAAGUCUUGCACAAUUUAUGAAGAAAAAGUAUCAUCAAAUCAUAAGGCUCUUACAACUCCUCUUGAAGUGAGCAAUGGAUAAUCCAAAUUUUUGGAAAUUAUUCCUUUUCAUUAGCGAUAAAAAAUUGUUUUAAUAUAAUUUUUUUUAUACAAAUAAUAAUUUUAUAUAUUCUUAAUUAUGAUUAUAUAAACCUCUAUCAAAUUUUAGGCACCUUUGUUGUAAAGCAUAAAUUUUAUUUAUUAAUUAUAUUUUUCAUUUCUAUGGAAUUUUUAAUUUUUUUUUAUGAAAUUAAUAAAUGAGCAAAGAGUUAGCAACCUAAAAGAGACUCAUGCUCUUAUCCUAGAAAUCGCAAGAGCCCUGCAUCCUGAAAUAAUUAUUUCAACGGAUAUAACAAGCCAAGAGUUAGCCUUAGAUUUAGACUUACUUCACAAAGGCAGAGGCCAAGCAUCUGCAAAAGAAGCUGAACACCUCCGUUCUCUCAUCUUAGGCCUCAAUGAAAAACUAAAAACCUACCAAACAAUCGAGACUCGUAUUGAAGAAUUCAGCCAGCAAGCCAAACAAGGAAUUUCAGCCCGAGAAAUUUUGCAUAAAACAAUCAAAGAAACCCUUGAAGAUGUUGAAAAAAUAAAAAUACAGCAAAAUGAGAGCUUACUCACUCAAUCACUGACUCCCCCCCUUUAAAUUGGAACUAAAAAUUUUGUUCCAAUUUAAAGGGGGGUUUAAGAAAAUUUUUUAAAAAAAAAAUUUAUAUAAAAUUUAAAAAAAAAAAAAAAAUUUCAAAAAUUUAUCGAAUUAGAUUAAUAAAUUUGUUUAAUAAAAUGCUAUUUACUCUUUAUCCUUUAAAACAAAGCAAGAUAUAACUAAAAUUUUAUUAUUAAUUAAUACGCCACUAUUAAUUGGUAUCAAAACUAUUUACACAAAAAUUAUUAUUUUUAUUGAUAAAAAAAAUUAACGAAAAAAAAAUUUUAGAAAAUUUAUUAAUCAAAGUGCCAAUUUUGUUUAAAUAAGAUUAUAUUUAUACUCUAUUCUUUAAAAUAAAGCAAGAGAUAAGUAAAUUUUGAAUUUUUGUAAGAAUUCGCAUUGAAUUUAUAUCAAAGCUAUUUAAAUAAAAAAUAUUAUUUUUAUCAAAAAAAAAUAAAAUUUUUUUUGGAAUUUUUUUUAAAAAUCUACAAUUAAGGAUAAUAAAUUUAUUUAAAAUAAGAUGCUCUUUAUACUCUAUUCUUUAAACAAGAGCAGGAUAUAACUAAAUUUUUAAUUUUAGUUAAGAAGAAACAUUUAAAUUAUAUCAAAACUUUUUACAUAAAAAUUAUGAUUUAUAUAUAUAAAAUUUUUUAUUAUUAAAUUAAAUUUUGUUCCAAUUUAAAGGGGAUUAAUUUACCAAAAAAAAUGGAAAUUUUACCUAUAUUUUGUUCCAAUUUAAAGGGGGGGGAGUGAGGGAGCAAAACUAUUGGAAAAAUCCAGAUUGAGAGCCAAAAAUUUGUAUAAAACAUUUGAUAUAUAAAUGAUAAUGAAAUUUCGAGUUAUUUUUGAAUUUAAAUAUUUUUCAUUUUAAAGCACUAAGUUCGCAUAUUAAAUUAAUUUUUUAAAAAUAAAAAUCCCUCUUUAGAAACGAGCACAUUUUUUUGCUUGCUUACAGAGAGUUAAAUUAGAGAAAAUGAAAAAAGAAAGAGACCGAGCUAUCGAAUCCCUAAUGGAACAGCAUCUUAACUUAAAGCGUAAAAUCCUAGAUGAAGAAAAAGUUAAAUGUGAGCUAGAAAUAACAAAAGCAGAGCUAGAAAAAAUCAAAGCAGAAGGCAGAAAUUUUGAUAAUAUGCAAGAAAUGAUUUCUCAAUUGAAAUUCAAUGUAAAAGAAGGCGAAAAGAAAAGAAAUGAAUUAAGGAAUUUGUAUAGUAAAAGUAUUAGUGAUUUUGAUGAAAAACGAAGAGAAAUGGAUCGAGAAAUAGAAAAUGUGAUGAAAGAUAACUCUAAUUUAAGAGAUGAACUAAAUUCAGCUAAAAAAACAAUCAAUGAACUGAGUGUACUUAAUCAGGAAAAAGCUAGUCAAAUUAUCAAUCUGCAAGCUGUAAAUGAAAGCCAAAAUAGAGAAAUAUUGAACUUAAAGGACCAAGAAAAUAAAGCACUCCAAAUGGAGAAACUUUCAAAAGCGCACCAAGAGGAAUGUGUAUCGUUAAAUAAAAAAAUCAAAGCCAUUAGUGAAGAAUUCCAAGCAGAAAUAGCAAAAUUAAAUAAAGAAAAAAAUGAAAUUCUCAAUAAAAAUCAAUUGCUUAAAGGCGACAAUAAUAGGCUUGAAGAUACUAUAAAUUCUCUUAAGCAGGACCUCACCCAUUCCUACAAUAAGCAACAGGACCUUAACACCCACAUAGCUCAGCUAGAAGAAAGCUUAAUCCUCCAUCAUGAUUCCUCAGCAAUUCAAGAUCAACUAAAUCAAGUCAGCCAAUUUACCUUAGAUAUCCAUAAGCAAGUCUAUAAAGAACUAGAUGGUAUGAGCGAGCAUAUUUUAGCCCAAUCAGAACAAGCAUUAGGCCAACAGCGAACUAUCAAUAAAGUAUGCUCAGUUGUCUCAGAAAAAGAAGCAGAAAUCGAAAUCCUCCGAGAAAUGAUUGCAGAAAUGCAAAAAGCUAGGCCAGUAUAUGUUCCGGUAAAAGAUGACCCUGUUGAUGCUGCUAUAGCUGAAUAUAUGAACUCUCGUGAGCAGCCUCUAGAAGUCCCAUUUGUAAGAGAAGAUGAAGGUCUCUACCUUUUUGGAUCCAAAAAAGUGUUCAUUAAGAUUGAAAACGGAAAAAUUAUUAUCAGAAUUGGUGGAGGUUUCAUGCAAAUUGAUGAAUUUGUGGACGCUUAUACUUAACUUAAAAAAAUCUAAACUGCUUAGCAUCCACUACGGACGACCACAAAAAGCUUCUGCCAUUUCUACACGUGCCGGGUAAAAAGACUUCUGGGCCGACCUGCUUCGAUUCGCAAGAGCAUGCUUGAAAACGGUGCUGCCACGGCUCAAGUGUCAGCGACUUUUGUCUUACUUGACGCCGGUAGCGGCUAAAGGCUCUUUUGCUGCCGCAGAUUGGAAGUGGGAAAAUCACAGAUUUUCAGAUUCCCUAUGGACAGGCCAAAUGGCAGACCCCUCCAAGUUGAUUCCCUGUUUUAGCCAGGAUAUAAUUCGCAUGCAAAACCAAUCCUCAUAAUUAAAAUCGGAAUGAGUUGAGCAGAUCGGCAUAUCGGUACCUUACUAAUGCCACCAUUUCAUGAUUAUGUAGACACUUAUACAGUUAUUGAGCUAGAAAAAUUCGCAGCAAUUAAGAAAGCUGAAUCUAAUCCUAAUAGAAAAACCUUUAUGGGAAAAUUAGCAAGCACUAUUGGUAAGAUAUAAGUAGUUAAUGAGCAGACAAAAGGAAAAGUGGACGUAUCUCCACAAAAAGCAGCAAAAAUUCUUCAGGACGUGUUUGUUAAUAAUAAGCCUGCUUUUACUACAUGUAUGGCGAUACCAAGAAAAAUGACUAGCUCAAGACAAGGGACUAUGAUACCUAAAGAAAGCAAAGGCUCUGAUUCCCCAGUCAGAGUAGCAAAACGAAAAAGCUCAUUGGUAGAUUUUCGUAGGUCUGCAACUAAUCUUAAAUAA